AUGGUCCUGCGCUGGGGCCUGGAGCUGGCAGCAGCGUUGCCACACACCGUCCAUGUGCAGAAGGAAUAUUUUGAUGUGCAGCAAUAUACAGUGACGGUGACUCUGGAUCCAGACACGGCUCAUCCCCAGCUCGUCCUGUCUGAGGAUCGGAAACGUGUGAGAUGGGGACACACCCAGCGGUACCUGCCCGACGAUCCUGAGCGAUUUGACACUGAGCUCUGUGUGCUGGGCUGUGAGGGAUUCACCUCGGGGAGACAUUGCUGGGAGGUGGAGGUGGGGGAUGGGAAACGCUGGGCUGUGGGGGUGGCCAGAGAGUCUGUGAGGAGGAAAGGCUGGAUCAGUCAUAACCCUGGGGGGGGGAUCUGGGCUGUGCAGCGGUGGGGGCGUCAGUUCCAGGCUCUCACCUUCCCUGAGACCCCCCUGCCCCUGAGCCGGGUCCCCAGAAGGAUCCGGGUUUCUCUGGACUGUGAAUGGGGGCAGGUGGCUUUUUUUGAUGCUGAUAACGAGGCCCCGAUCUUCACUUUCCCGCCAGCCUCUUUCACCGGGCAGCGAAUCCGUCCCUGGUUCUGGGUCUGGACAGGAUCCCGGCUCAGACAGUGUUGCUGA